AUGGCCAUGAUGUUCUCCUUCUUCCUCUUGUUCUCUAUUUUUCUCUUCUUGUUCCAACUCCAAGCAGUAGUAUUGGCCGCAGGAUUUCUUGGAGUUGGAGGAGCACCACAACCACGACCACGAGAUUCAGAUGAAUGCGCGGUGACAAGGUGUGGGGAUGACGGCCCAAACAUCCGGUUCCCAUUCUGGCUAAAGGACCAUCAGCCAAAUCACUGUGGGUAUCCUGGAUUUCAACUAUCCUGCUCCCCAGCCAAAAAUACCCUGCUUGAGCUCCCAUUUGUUAGGACUGCCAAGGUAUCGCUAAUCAAUUACAGAGACCAGUCGUCAUAUAUAUAUGACUUCAGUGAUUGCUUUCUCGAACAACUUCUCCUAAAUCUAAACCACAAUUUAUCGGCCUCUCCCUUCAAAUUUUCACCACUUUACGGAAGUAAGUUUAGCCUUUUCAGUUGUCCCUCCUCAACAAACCAAACCUACCCUUUGGAAUAUGCAUAUAAUAGCUAUUCAAUGUUUCCAAUCACAAAUAAUUGCCAUAACAGCAGCCAAGGUCAAGUGGUCUAUGCGGUACCUGAUGAUUUUUCAAUCCUGCAGUUCCUAUUAUCUUGUAGAAAGUUAAAUACCGUAACAUCAAUAGAUUCCCUAUCUGGUUCUCCUGAUAUCUAUACUAAUUACCUUCGAUUGAGUUGGUCCAAGCCCAUAUGUGGGAGUUGUGAAGAAAUAGGCAAGUAUUGUAGAUUGAGGAGGAGGAAUAACAGCAGCAGCAGAAAACAUGAUGAAACUGAAUGUUCUCACAAUAAUAUUCCUAACCCUAACCCACCAUCAAUUGUUGCGGAUACUCCUUCACUUGGCAAACAAGCUACAGGUACUCCUUCGUCCCUCCACUACUAG